AUGAGCAACUUCUCAUACGAAAACGUGGUGCCCAACUUCAGAAUGGAUGGCAAGUUGGCCAUCAUCACCGGCGGCUCCGGAGGCAUGGCCUCGGUUAUCUCCAGAGCGUUCGUUGCCCAAGGAGCAGACGUGGCCCUUGUGGACAUCAACUUGGAGAGAACAAAACAGGCCGCCAAGGAGGUGUUGGCUUGGGCCCAGGAGACCCUCAAGGGCGAACACGAGUCCCCCGUGGGCAAGGUGUCUGCGUGGUCGUGCAACAUUGGCGACGCUGAGAACGUCAGGGUUACCUUUGCUGAGAUCAACGAGCACCACGGCACCGUGGCCGAUGUUUUGGUCAACACCGCCGGCUACUGCGAGAAUUUCCCUGCGGAGGACUACCCUGCUGCCAACGCCGAGGGCAUCAUGCGUGUCAACGGCUUGGGCGCCUUCUACGUAGCCCAGGCAUUUGCCAGACCUUUGAUUGACAACCAGAAGCGUGGCUCCAUCAUCAUGAUCGGCUCCAUGUCGGGAACCAUUGUUAACGACCCUCAGCCUCAGGCAAUGUACAACAUGGCCAAGGCAGGUGUCAUCCACAUGGUGAGAUCCUUGGCUUGCGAGUGGGCCAAGUACAACAUUCGUGUCAACACCGUGUCUCCAGGCUACAUUCUCACACCUUUGACGAGAAACGUCAUUGCUGGCCAUACCGAGAUGAAGGAGGCCUGGGAGUCCAAGAUCCCAAUGCACAGAAUGGCCGACCCCAAGGAGUUUGUUGGCUCCAUCUUGUACUUGGCCUCCGAGACCGCCUCUUCCUACACCACGGGUCACAACUUGGUUGUUGACGGCGGCUACGAGUGCUGGUAA